CGCCGCCGUCCGCUCGAGCUCGCCCGGGGCUGCGGGCGCGGUGCCUCGGUCCUCCGGGCGUCGCAACCGGCCCGCUCCCUCCCGGGGCCGCGGGCUCGUUCCGCCGCCCCCGCCUGCGGCGCGGCUGGGUCCGCCUGCAGCCCUCUGGCCUUCCCGCAGGUCCCCGCCCCGGAGAGCGGAGCGGCCCUCCGAGCCCGGCCCGGCCGGCCCGGCGGGGAGAUGAGCUUCUUCGGCUUCGGGCAGAGUGUGGAGGUGGAAAUCUUGCUCAACGAUGCGGAGAGUAGGAAGCGGGCGGAGCACAAGACGGAGGACGGGAAGAAGGAGAAAUAUUUCCUUUUCUACGACGGGGAGACGGUCUCCGGGAAGGUGAGCCUCGCCCUCAAGAACCCCAACAAGCGGCUGGAGCACCAGGGCAUCAAGAUCGAGUUCAUCGGGCAGAUUGAACUCUACUACGAUCGUGGGAACCACCAUGAGUUUGUGUCCCUGGUGAAGGAUUUGGCUCGGCCCGGAGAAAUUUCUCAGUCACAGGCCUUCGACUUUGAAUUCACCCAUGUGGAGAAGCCGUAUGAGUCCUACACAGGGCAGAACGUGAAGCUGCGGUAUUUCCUUCGAGCCACCAUCAGCCGCCGCCUCAAUGAUGUUGUCAAAGAGAUGGACAUUGUAGUUCACACACUCAGCACGUACCCAGAGCUGAACUCCUCCAUCAAGAUGGAGGUCGGGAUUGAGGACUGCCUGCACAUCGAGUUUGAGUACAAUAAAUCCAAAUACCACUUGAAAGAUGUCAUUGUAGGGAAGAUAUACUUCCUGCUGGUGAGAAUCAAAAUCAAGCACAUGGAGAUAGACAUCAUCAAACGGGAAACGACAGGCACGGGCCCCAAUGUGUACCAUGAGAACGACACAAUAGCCAAGUAUGAGAUCAUGGAUGGAGCGCCCGUAAGAGGAGAGUCCAUCCCCAUCCGGCUCUUCCUGGCGGGUUACGAGCUCACCCCCACCAUGCGGGACAUCAACAAGAAGUUCUCCGUGCGCUAUUACCUCAACCUGGUGCUGAUCGAUGAGGAGGAGCGGCGCUACUUCAAACAGCAGGAAGUGGUGUUGUGGCGGAAGGGUGACAUCGUACGGAAAAGCAUGUCCCACCAGGCAGCCAUCGCCUCACAGCGCUUCGAGGGCACAACCUCCCUGGGUGAGGUGCGGACCCCCAGCCAGCUGUCUGACAACAGCAGCAGGCAGUAGGCCCCCAGGGCCAGGCAGCGGCUGGGCUUCCACCCCAGCACCCCCAUCUAUCAAACACCAGCGGCUGGGGGAAGGGGGAGGACGGUGUGAUGCUCAGCUGACCCAUUUCUUGCAACCUGAAAACAAAUCAUGGUUUUGACUUAAAUUCUUUCUUCUGAAGAACCUAAGGGGCUUGGGUUGGGACACCAUCUCCUUGUGAUCCUGUGGCUGAUGUGGGAAUGGGGAGAGGCAGCGUCCUGGAAGCUAGUCUCUCUGGGAAAAAGAGCCUUGUGUUGAGGCCUUUCACACAGGACUGCCUCGGGUCUUACAGGAGAGCAGAGACCAGGCGUUCUUGGCUCCUGGUUCUCCGAGCUGCCUGAUACAGGGUCUGAGCUGCCAGUGGGGCCCUGGGUAAUCAUGUCUUGUCCUCCUCUCUGCUGUCCCUGAGGUAGUGGCCGAGGAAUGGGGCCUGCCCUGUCCUAAGUGGCAGGGGGAGACUCAAGCCCGGGAAGCUACCUCUUUGGGAGUCUUGGAUGUGGUGCUUUGAAGUUCCCACAAGCCACCUCCUUUCUGGCCUUUCUCUCACUGCUGGGACCCAGGCAUAGUCCUUCUCUGUCUUUUGCGAAUUCUGGUCAAUAACGUCCUGGAACAGAAGCUUGUGCAAGGGGCUUUGGCUGACUGUCCCCUCACCCGUGAGAAAUUCUGGGCCCAGUGACACCCAGGGUCAGCGUGACGCACAGAUGGCAACAGAGUUGAACACAGGCCAGGCCUGCUGAGGAAGAAGUAUGGUAACUGCAUGGCACUGUCUGCCUGCCCCAUGGGACUCCUCCCCAGCCUGAGGGCUGGGUGGUUCAGGUGUUGCUCCGGGUGCCAGCAUCCUAAACAAGGGCAUUUGUUUCCUUUAAGAAGAGAUCCCAUGACAGGGCCUUGAUCGCUUUGCUUCCCUAAGAGUGGGUCCUCAUCACUCCUUGCUCUCCAUUGAAUUUCUGGGAAUUGGGGCUUACUCUCACACAGUUGGAAGUUUUCUCUUACUAUCGCCCAAGCCCCUUCACUACCUGCCUGCCACUUAGAGGAGGGAGAUGAGGACCUCAGCAGAAGACUCUACUACACAACUUCAGAAUAAUUCUGCUUGCCAAAUUAUGUCUUCAUCUUCACCAUUGACUGACCAGAGAUUAGGACCAUUGGUGUUUUUGUUUAAAAACAUACAGAAAAACUCUCAUGGGUGUUCUUGUCAUACUACAGGAGGGAGGGGUUUUCCUCUGUUGUGCUGUGCUCAGGCCUGUCACAGUAAAGGUGUUGACAUCCUUUUUCGCCUCAUUUGGAAAUGAUCAAGAUUACUCUCCAGUUGGCCUCCCUUCCCUUCCAAGAAAGACCAGGCAGACCCCACUGGCCAAUAAGUACAAUAUUUGGUGGUCUGAGUUCUCUGUAAUUUGGAAAGCAGAGGGGUUGGUUCCUGUGUCAUCUUUCAGUUAAUGUGGGAAACGGGGACUCCUCUUUUCCUCAGAAAUCAGUGCAGUCGUGGGCCUUUGACUGAGCAGGGCUCAUGGAUCAGAACUGAGACUGGAGGGAAAGGCAUUUGGGAUGACACUUGAGGUCGACUGGGGGCAGCAGAACCAAGGAAGGUAAGGUGGUUUCCCCCAUGCUGGACCCCGAGUUCAGGUGUGACAGACAAUCCCCUGGGAACAGGAUCCCCCAUCCCACUGCCUUUGGAUUAUCACGGUAGGGGCUUACUUGUACAGGGGAGGCAGGUCCUGUGUUCCUGGCCGUGGCCUUGGGAGCAUGAGACUAGGCUCUAGGACACCCCCCAGAAUAGCUGGUUUCUAACUAGGAAGCAUCUGCCAAUUCCUCUGCCCCCUAACUGACAACACAAAUUCAUUUUCCAACUUGCCUAACAUCUUAAACCUUUCUUCUGGGAGAACUAGAAGAUAGAAUCUGCUUUUAUUUUCUCAAGAGCUGUGCACAAGUCAGGCCUUCUGUUUUCUCAUACUCUGCCCCCAUCCUGUACUUCUCUGUCCAACUGUGGAAGUAAGGGGAGGCUCCUGUCCCCCUCCUUUCAAGGUCCACAUACCUGGGAGUAGAUACGUACUAAACCAAGCAGUGCAACUUGUAAUUAAGCAGCUGCAGUGUUUACAUGUUUCUUAAUGUGUCGUCUUUUCAAUGGCUGUAUUUUAAAAAAAAAAAAAACUCGUUUCAGUUGUCUCUCUGAUUAAAGGAAGCCCCUGUGGCUUGGAGGCAUUGUGCCCAUGGUCCACCA